AUGUCGUCCAACAACACCUCGGCCAGUGUCUCCAUCGAUAAGUUCGAUGGGGACAACUACUCAACCUGGUGUCGCUACAUGCGCGGCGUGUUUCUGACGAAGUCAGUCUGGUACGUCGUGAACCGCGAAACGUCUCCAACCUUCACCGACACGCGAGCUUCCGACGAGUACGUCAAGGCGAGCAACAUCGCGUUCGGGUUGAUGUUGCUCCACAUGGACGCCGACUACCACCAUGUGGUCGACAACUGUGAAGAAGCAUGGACAGCGUGGUCGCGGUUGAAGAUGCUCUAUGGUGGGUCGCAGAAGGCGGGACGCAUCUACCUCAAGCGCCAGCUGUUCAGCAUCAAGAUGGCGGAAGCUCACAGCAUCGGUGCCAAGAUGGAAGACGAAGACAUUGCGAUCUGCUUGCUGCUCAGUCUCCCGAAGAGUUUCGAGAACGUGGUUCUGAACUUGGAGAUGAGCAAUGCAGAGCUGCGCACGCAAGAUGUGGUCAAGGUGCUGACUAACGAGCACAUCAAGCGACAAGGCGAGAAGAUGACAACGGCAACGACAACGGUGAAGACUGAAGAUGCGACAAAGGCAUUCAGUACCGAGCGCAAGCCCUACCAAUACACAUACUGCGGCAAGGUGGGGCACACGGCAGAGCGUUGCUGGACGAAGCAAAAGGAUGAAAGUCGAGGAGCCCAACGCGGCGGCAAUGGUCGUGGACGCGGGGCAAACAAUGUCCAGUGGCGACAUUAUGAUGAAGGCAACAGCUACGAUCGAGUGGCGUUUGCAGUUUCGUUCGAAUGCGAGAGUUUCGACGAACAAGAAUGGACCAGGAAUGUGGGCCGUUGA